CCAAUACUGAACAAAAACAGAAGCUGAGUUGCUGUGAACACACUGUUGUUGAAGUUCACUACAUCAUCAGCAUCAACAUGCCUAAGUGUCCUAAGUGCCAGAAAGAAGUGUACUUUGCUGAAAGGGUAUCUUCUCUUAAUAAGGACUGGCAUAGGCCAUGCCUAAAAUGUGAGAAAUGCAACAAGACUCUGACUCCGGGUAGUCAUGCUGAGCAUGAUGGCAAGCCCUACUGCAAUCAACCGUGCUAUGCAGCAUUGUUUGGACCAAAAGGUUUUGGGCGUGGUGGAACAGAAAGUCACACUUUCAAAUAAGUCUGCUGGAUUAAAACCUGGAGGAAAAUAGAAUCUACCAGAAAUGACUUUGUCACCUGCUGUAUCAUUAUGAAAAUGCUUACAUGCUAAUUACAUUCAAAUACGAAACAGUGACCAUCUUCUUUACCAUCUACUUGACUCUACUAUAUGUCAUAAUAUAGUAAAAGCAAUAUGCACUGUUUCUCUAACACCACUGAGGAAAUUACUAUUGCAUUUAUAAAGAUGUCUAUUUUUCAUAUAGUAAACAUUAUGCAGGUGUACAUGAUUGUUAUAAAAUAAAUGGAUUUUAAAAA